AGGCCUCUUCACCCCAACCACCACCGUCACCUUCUACAGCUUUAGAGCUUUCCAACUCAAAUGGCACCAACCUUUGCCGACGGUAACUCUCUGUUUGACUUUGUAGUCCGGCAGGGUAACGGCGUCAAGGGUCUCGUCGAUUCUGGCUUGCCGACGGUGCCUAACGAAUACAUCCAACCUCUAGAAGAAAGAAUCAGUAAGCAAGAUGUAAGAAAACAUCUAGAGCAACCCAUUGACCUUUCGGAGCUUGAUGGACCUAACCAUGGAAAAAUUGUUAAGGCUCUCACAAGGGCAGCAGAAACUAUUGGGUUCUUUCAAGUGGUGAAUCAUGGUGUGCCAGUUGAAGUGCUGGAGCGUCUCAAAGUUGCAGCUCACCGGUUCUUUAAUCAACCACCGGAGAAGAAAGCAGUUUAUCUGAAGGGGGUGAGCCCUACCCCCUUUGUGACUUAUGGUACUAGCUAUGUGCCAGAGAAGGAGAAGGUUUUGAUGUGGAAGGAUACUUUGAGCAUGGUUUAUACCUGUGAUGAUGAUGCUAUGAAAUACUGGCCAGAAGAAGUCAGGGAAGAUGAACUUUGUUUUCUAAAGACAUCACCGGAUAUGGUGAGAAAGAUAAUGGGGGUGUUAUUUGAGAGCCUUGGAGUGAAGUUGGAUGACCCCAUGGCUGAUGCAUAUUUUGGUGCAAGAAUGUGUAACAUGAACUUCUACCCACAAUGUCCCAAUCCAGACCUAGCUGUAGGAGCCGUUCGGCAUUCUGACAUUGGAACCCUAACGGUGUUGCUACAAGACGGGAUUGGCGGUUUGCAUGUUAAGAUGGAAGAUGAAAGAGAUGCCGAAAAUAAGGGAGAGUGGGUAGAGAUUCCUCCAGUCCCAGGAGCUCUGGUGAUCAAUAUUGGGGAUAUCCUACAGAUAUUGAGCAAUGGAAGAUACAAGAGUGCAGAACACCGGGUUCGAACUACUAGCAUGCAAUCGAGAGUUUCAUGCCCUUUAUUUUAUAGCCCUCAACUGGCAACCAAGAUUACACCAUUGCCUCAUGUGGUUGAGAAGGAUGGGAGGGCUCAUUACAAUGAGGUCUCUUUUCAAGAUUACAUUAGCAACUUUGUAGGCAAGGCUCAUGUAGGGAAGAAGUCUCUUGAUUUUGUUAAGAUCACUGUCUCUCCUUAAUUCAAAAUGACUUGAACAUACAUCAGUUUGGCAUUCACUUUUCCAAUGACUUUUAUCUCCUUUUUCUUUUUCACUUUUUCCCUGUGUAAUAAUUUGGCUCAUUUUGCCUUUCUUUAUGGCAAUGGAAUAUGUCUUAGUAAAUAUAGAACUCUCUCUCUCUCUCUCUCUCUCUCUCUCAUAUAACUAAAAGGGUUCUGGUGGAACAUGUAUUAGAGGGGCAGAAAGUAUAAUGGGUAGAGAUUUUACAAAUUGGAGAAGGGUUACCUACUAUGCACACUGGAGGGGUGGCUUAUAUCAAAGAACACAAGAAGUGUACAGGGAAGGUGAAAUGUUAUUGACCUUAUGACAAAGGGAUGAUCGGAAUGUUAAUGUCAUACAAUCUAUUAUUU